AUGACCUCUCUCCCGCUAACAUAUGUGGAGGCGGCACGACAUGAUGUGAUGGAUGAUCAAAACCUGCUACCUCCUCAAGCCGCUGCCAGCUCCGUUGGGGAGUCAGCGCCGUCGACGACGCCGCAGCCUCACGGUGCAGAGGUUCCUACAGCCUCUACCCACCGCAGCGUCGUGGGCACCCAGCCACCGUCACUGUCGGGAUCGGACACAGGGGUUCCUAGCGACCGAGACUGUGUCGAGCCCCGCCCUCCAGUGCAUGUCGAAUCUCGGACCCGACAGCAAAAAUCACCCAAGCGACACCAGAAGAGGCGAUUGUCAGCUGAAGAACAGGACAGGGAUGUGAAGCCGGCGGAAGACAUCGACUUCGUUGACUCGUCCACAAUUGCAACGGACUCCAGUGGCAUCAUUCACCAGAAGGUGCCUGAAGACAAGGAACACUCUCCUAAAUCUGGUGGCCCAGAAAACGAGGCGCAUUGCGUCGACUCCCAAAAUGUGGCCUCCUGUGAAAGCGACCAGCCCCCAAUGACAUCACAACCGUCUCUUGGUGAUUGGGCAGACGAUAUGGAGGCAUAUGAUGCACAGCAAACAUCGAUAUCUCCACCAGAGCCCGUGGCUGACAUUGAGCCCGGAGGGCUCUGCCAGUCAGGGACUCAUACGCUGACUCUUCUUAGUCCUCGACCUGUUCAGUGCCUAAAAUUCUGCCCGCACAACGCAGAUAUACUAGUAGGCGGACUUACCAAUGGACAGAUAGUUAUAUGGGAUCUUACGGAGAAUCUAAGGCGGAUAGAAGGAGAACUUGAUACAUCAGAGUGGCGUGCAGUGGAAAGAACGUCUUUAAGAGGACUAAGCAGCUGGAAGAAGAAAGCAAAAGAAGGAAUAAGUAUGUACCCUACAGCAGUUUCUUCCCCUACCGUGUCCCACAAGGACUGCGUCACCGAUCUACAAUGGAUAGCGCCUACAUUACAGGUAUGUCGAGAUGGAGUUCUGGAAAAAGUUCCACCAAGUUCACCAACACUGCAGUUCUUAUCGUGUUCUCUUGAUGGCCACAUGUAUGGAUGGAAUUUGUUGGAAGUACCUACACCGAAACGCAAGAAAGUGGUCCAGAAGAAGUCUGCGAAGCGGUCCCGUUCUGAAGGUCCUGAGCGGACGCCUGUGUCGCCGUACGCCAAACUGCACGGCUUACUGCAACCCCAUUUCAAGGUCUCGGCUGACUACCCUAUUUCCAGUUUCAGUUCACCACUACCUGCUAUUUCCGGCAAUCGGCUAUCAGAGACAGACGAGGCAGCCUCGACAUACGGAGAAAUACGUCCAGAGGAAGAAAGACAUCUGUCACAGAAGCCGUUUCACUUCGGAGCCACCGACGCAACUCUGAUGGAAAUGACCUACAUGCUAGACGACACUAAGGAAGAACUAAUGACAGCUUUGCAGUUUACAUCCAUGGCAGAUGUACAUGACGGACCAAUAGAAGCGCUGGAAAGGUCUCACUUUGUUGAAGAGAUAUUAAUUAGUCUUGGAGGCAGAGUGUUCGCUAUUUGGAGCGAAGAUUACAAGGGGCAGCCUCUCUACUGGAGACAGUAUAAGAUUCGACUGACAGCUUGCCGUUGGUUCCUUCACCGUCCCAGCAUGUUUCUUAUUGCGAGAGAGGAUGGACGUUUCGAAACCUGGGACUGGUUUCUUGACAGUUGUCAACCAAUACACAUAACCGAUGUUUUGGGAAAGCCACUGACAGGAAUAUAUCAGAGUCCAAUAAAUCAUGACAACAUAUUUGGAGUUGCUGAUUCAGGAGGAACAUUCAGAAUAUUUAAUGUCCCUCAUGAAUACACAGAAUUCCAUCCUGAAGAUGUUAUAAAACUGAGGAAUAUGUUUGAACAACAUGUUGAGUGCAAACGCCUAUUAACAUCAUGGACAACAAAAUGGAAAGAAAAAUUUGCUGAUUUUUUGAAGCAGAAAAGGAAAGAAGCUGAACGUCUCCAUAAACUGAAAAUGAUAAAGGAAAAGGAGAAAAUACGACUAGAGAAAGAAAGGCUUAAAGCCAUUAAAGAGGCAGAACUUGCAUUGCAGAAAAGAACAAAGCUAUUAAAGUGGCAGAAAGCACAGGAAAUAUGGGAUGCUAAACAAGAGAAACGAGCAAUAGAAAUACUCCUCAGUCAGAAGAACCUAGAUAAUGACCACCUAGAAACAGAGCAAAGGCCAUUCGUGAAAUUACAGGAGGAACAAAAAUCCAAAAGGAUAAAGCAGACAGAAGUAAUAAAUAUGAAUGAAAAUAUUUAUAAGGAAAUACUCUCUCUCAAAUUCCCUGAUCUCAAAGAGGAACUUGCUGGAGGUCCAGAAAUCAAAGAAACAAAAGAAGUACAAGAAGAAGAAAUGACUGUUCUUUUCAUAGAGCUAUAUGAGAAGAGUGAGACCGACUGCAUGGACCUCAUGCAAAGUCAUCCUUUUGACCACAAAUUUCAGUGGAUGGAUGUUGUGAAGGAAGCACAUUCCAAAUUGCACAGUGUGUAUACAGACAACACACAGGCCAGCAACCUAUAG